CCCUGAAUCUUCUUCGCUCCCGCGAUCUAUUAAAGUCCCUUCACGUCUCCUCGUUCCCUCGUUCACUGGAGACACUGUCGGUUCCUGUGCUCUUUACAACAUCGGCUUCUUGUGCCUUGUCAGGCCAAGCCUAAUUCUCUCCUUCUAACCAUGGGUAUCGCUCAAGAUUUCCUGGCACCGCUGUCCCAGCGGUUCCUCCAACUGGGAACUGCAUCGCAGGUCGGCGUCGUGAUCGCCAGUGUUAUCGGCCUCUCAGUCUUCUUUAACGUCCUCAACCAACUCUUUUUCAAGAACCCCAAUGAGCCCCCUAUGGUCUUCCAUUGGUUCCCCAUCAUUGGGAGCACUAUAACCUACGGCAUGGACCCUCCCAGCUUCUUCUGGGCGAACAGGGCGAAGUACGGAGAUGUCUUUACCUUUAUCCUUCUCGGCAAGAAGACUACGGUCUGCCUUGGCACGCAGGGCAACGAGUUCAUUCUGAAUGGAAAGAUCCGCGAUGUUUGUGCCGAGGAGAUCUACACCGCCUUGACCACCCCCGUCUUCGGCAAGGACGUCGUCUACGACUGCCCCAACUCAAAACUCAUGGAACAGAAGAAGUUCAUGAAGGUUGCCCUUACGACCGAAGCCUUCCGAUCCUACGUCCCGAUCAUUGCCGACGAAGUUUCGUCCUACUUCAAGAAGAGUGCUGAUUUCAAGGGCCAAUCGGGCACCGUCAGCAUUCCCCCCAAACUGGCUCAGAUUACCAUCUUCACUGCGUCGCAUGCCCUCCAGGGCAAAGAGAUCCGCGACAAGUUCGACGAAUCGCUGGCUGACCUCUACCAUGACCUUGACAUGGGUUUCUCGCCCAUCAACUUCAUGCUGCACUGGGCCCCGCUUCCAUGGAACAAACGGCGUGACCAUGCGCAGAGAACGGUCGCCAAGAUCUACAUGGACACGAUCAAGUCUCGUCGGGAGAAAGGCGAGUCGGGCUCCAAAGACAUCAUGUACCACCUGAUGAACUCGUCCUACAAGAACGGCACUCCUGUCCCAGAUCAUGAAGUUGCGCACAUGAUGAUCGCUCUCCUGAUGGCUGGCCAGCACUCGUCAUCGUCCACGAGCUCUUGGAUCAUGCUCCGAUUGGCGUCGAGGCCGGAUAUAAUGGAGGAGCUCUACCAGGAGCAGGUCAAGGCCCUCGGUGCUGAUCUGCCGCCUCUGAAGUACGAGGAUCUUGCCAAGCUACCUCUGAACCAGGCCAUCAUCAAGGAGACGCUCAGGAUGCAUGCGCCAAUCCACUCCAUCAUGCGAGCCGUCAAAUCGCCCAUGCCUGUCCCUGGCACGAAAUACGUCAUCCCUACCGACCACGUCCUGCUCUCUGCACCAGGCGUUGCUUCUUCCGACCCGCAGUACUUCCCCAAACCCGAGCUGUGGGAACCGCACCGGUGGGAGAGUGACUCACCCAUUGCGCCGACCAUCGUGCGGAAUGAGCAGGAAGAGGAAGAGAAGAUCGACUACGGCUAUGGCUUGGUCAGCAAGGGUGCGGCGUCUCCUUACCUGCCAUUCGGUGCCGGUCGGCAUAGGUGUAUCGGCGAGCAUUUCGCCAACGUCCAGUUGCAGACCAUCGUCGCCAUGACGGUGCGCCAGUUCAUGUUCAGGAAUGUCGAUGGGAGCGACAAGGUUAUCGGCACCGAUUAUGCCUCCCUUUUCUCGCGGCCCCUUGAGCCCGCAGUCGUGUGUUGGGAAAGGCGUGACAAGGCAUGAUGAGGAACUACCGGUAUAGGAGUUUGUGGUCUCCUUUUUUUCAAAAUUGGGGUUUUUUUUUUUUUUUUUUUCCAUGUUCCUGUUCAUAGAAUUUGAAUCCGGUGCUGAAAAUCCGGCCGUUAAUAGAAUGUUCGAGACAGCGAAGGGGUCUGGCGAGGGUUGAGGACUGUAAUAAUAUUUUAAUAGACGACUUGGAUAAGAGGAAUGAGUUGAUAAUCUGCA